CAUUUCCAUCCGCUAUUUGAUUGGUAAAAAAUCAAUUGUUCAAAACAUGACUGAUAUUAAACAUAAAAGUUUUUUUGUAUUCAGCAAGGACCUUUAUCCAACCUCUGAAGCAAAACCACUUUCUGAGUGGUGUCCUGAAAUGACACCGGAGAUCCUUCAAAAGAAGAUUGAUGCUAUUCAAACUAAUUUAACCAUCGACAGUAAAAACACAACCAAGCACAAACGUACUCUUAUCAGCGCACCGGACGACAGGAUUUCUGCCAGAAACGUUGGAUUAGUCGGAGUAGUUGUCAUUUUUCUCGUCGUUUUUGUCAUCGUUUCUUUCGACUUUAUCAACAUUUUUCAGAUUUUUAGAAACAAACGCCCAGGUAUCAAAGUAGAUUAAUGCCUUGCGUCGGCUUUGACACCAAUACCAUGAAUAUAAAGAAGUGAAAAGAGCGAUUUGUCCAACUUUUUUUUAAUUUUCAUUGACCAAAGGACACGGUAAUAUAUGCUCUGCUGUGGGCUAUGUACAGAGUACUUCCACAACACUGAAAGAGUCGCGAAUUUACUGAUGCAUUCCAAUGCUGGAAAGUGGAAAAAUUCUCUCCAAAAGUGCGCAAAAAAUAUUGUGCCUUAAAUUGCACAUUUUUUGCAUUACGGGAUCUGUAGCGUUAUGGUCAAAGAUGAAUAUAUAAAACCAUUACGUACAGAUCUGCAGCUAGUACUUGUAUAAAAAUACCAUAUGACGUGAAAGUGUCCACAGCAAAAUUGAAAUAUCAACAAGAACAUUUGUCAUGUAUUCUCAAUCGUAAAUUUAUGAAAAAUCAAGUUAUUUGAGAAUGGGAAAUCUUUACAGGUCGAAUUCAGACAAGAUUGUGUACAUCAUUCAUAUUUCAUAAUUAUUCCAUAUAUUUCCUUGUCCUUUUUCCUUCUUUAUCUUUCAAUAUUUUCAGUUUUCCUCCCUCUGAUCUUCCAUGAUCAUUUUGAAAAUCGCUUUGAACUGUACCAAAAACGCAAAUCCACCAGUUCUCCCCUUCCUGAACAAUUUCUUUGUGGCUCAGAAUGGUCUCUACAAAAAUUUCAAAAGUAAAAAUAAAAUUGUAAAUACAUAUGAUUCUCAUAUGAUCCACAUAUCAUCCUCAUAUGAAAGGUAAUGCAUAUGUGGAUCAUAUGUGGCUAAAUUGCCUAUGUAUACCGGUGAAUAAAAUUUAAUGAUACUUUCACAGAUUCUUUAUUACAUAAUGUCAUUGUGCACCUCCUAUUUUACUUUUUGAUCUGACACUUAUUUCGGGUCUCCCAGCGCAAAACAUGGGCUUUACCUUUAUUAUCAUAUGAGAGACAGGGUCAUCAUUUAGUGGGCUCAGUGCUCGAUCAGAGUACCUCUAUUUUUUGUAGUUUAUCUUUUAUCACAUAUAAAAAUACCCCAUCUUUGACGCUGUUUAGGUCAGAAAUAAGCAUUCUGUUUAUUGUACAUUUUUGUAAAAUAUCAUAUCAUUGAAUAUCAUCGCAUUAUAUUUGAAACUGUGGAUUUUAUGAUCUAUAUAAGUUUGUUUAUAUUACAUAAUGUGCUUACGUGUAAUUGUGUUCAAAUAUACA